AUGGAAGUAUUCUCAAGCAAAAGACCAAGACCAACGCUAGUCUGUGUACCAUGUCGUUUAGGAAAAAGAAAAUGUGAUAAGCUGCGACCCUCCUGCACAAGGUGCACUAAAAGCUCAUUGAAAUGCUCUUAUGAAGGUGAGAAUGGGUUACCUGCGAGUAUCGAAGUGGUUACUGAUACUGUGGUACAGUCACGCCCAUCUCCUCGCGGUUCUGGCAAAGAUGACUCUAGUACUAUCAGCACUACUACGACAGUUACACCUGCUUCAUUGCUACUCGAUCAUGUUCUCCUUACCCCAUUGUCUUUAUGGAAUCCUGACGAAAUGUUGCUGGUAGCAGGCCCCAUGAUCAUUUUGACUCAGCCUUUCGGUGCAUUUAGUCUUGCACAGCGUGAUAUUUUCAUGCAGACUCUCUGCAGCUCACUGUUUGGCAUGACUCUUCUUGAUCUUGGCCAUCACCUUAAUGCUUCCAACUUCAGUAGCCCUUCUCAGCAAAUACUGACUCCAUUUCCAUUCCUGGAGAAAGUGAUCAUGAGAUUAGUUGAAUUGGGUAACCCAAAUCGAAUAGAAGUUCCGUUAACCGGCCUAUUAUAUAAUCCAUGCUCAUCCGAAGACGAGAGACUGGCUAGCCAUUUUCAAAAUAUCAUUCCAGAAAUCGAAAAUUUACUGGGGCUGAAGAAAGACUGCGACCUGCUUUUGAGAAAUUUCUACCAAACUAUAUUUCCUCUUUAUCCUUUUAUGGAUGUAUGUAUUUUCGAAGAUGAACUCGAAACAUUAUUAAUUGAAGAUGAAACGAAUAUGUACAAGCUCAAUGUCAGUGGAAGAGACGUACGAAAAAAGAUAGAAACCGUUUCCUUACUAUUGAUUAUAUUGGCAAUGUCUUUGAGGCAAUCCAUUCUCGAUUCAAAUCUGUUGACUGCCAUUAGAAGGACCGCAUCCAAAAGAGCCCAGCAAAUAUCUUUAACGUCCCACAGGCUAUUGUGUCUCUUGGAUGUCUUCCGAUCUCCCAAUGAAACUACAUUCACAUGCCUUUUGUAUUUCACUUUUUCCGAAUAUUUGAAUCAAGAUGACACAGAUACCGUGCUGACACCUACAAGGCUAUUGGCUAUCAAGCAGAUUACUGAUUUGGCUAUCACUUUAGGGCUUCAUCACGAUCCUUCAAAGUUUAAUCGUCUAAAAAAUCCUCAAAUAAUAAGGCGCAGGCGUAUGCUUUGGCUGGGGGUUCAGUCCUUGAGAUAUCAACUUUCAAUCCCAGAAGGUGAGUGGGAUUACACUAACAACUGGAAUAUGAAAAAUUUCUCGGCAGCUAUGGAUGCCAGUAACGGUUGGAAUGAUACUUCUACAGACUAUAUGGGCAAUUUUCGCAAUGGCAUUCAAGGAAUCUUUCAAGACAAAGUCGAAUUCCAUAUGCUACUCGCCAAAAUGGUUUCGAACUGCAUUCCCUUAGAAGAGCAUGCGUGUCUUUCGAGAAUAUUGGACAGCAUUGGGAGGGUAGAAGAAUUUAUGUCGCAGGUGUUCCCUGUAGACGCACUCAGACUACCGCAAAAGCAUCAUACUUUGAAUUUCAUACGCAAUUCGCUACUUGAUAUAGAUGCGAUAAAAAACACUGAAAUAUUUCUGGCAAAUAUUAUUGGAGGGACAUGUGUUCUCAAUGUGUGGGAUACGCUGUCAGUAUGCUUCGAGAAAAAAUGUAAAAUGAAUUGGGAGGAGAAUGAAGCUGCGUAUCAUUACUUUACUUUGAAGGCUUUUGAGGAAUACUUGAAGUUGGCAGGUAUUAUCUGUGAUUACCUUGAUGAUAGAAUUGGGGGGAAAAUCCUCAAAGAAUAUAGCUAUGCUAUAGAUAAACAAGUUUGUUUCGCCCUUGUGAGAGUUUGUUUAUUUCAUAUUAGGAUUCUUUUGAGACUAUGUUUCAAAGCUGACUCAAGAAAGACCUCCACAACACCUGGGCAACAGGAAGACGCUCUCGUGCAAAUGCUAACAAGCUAUAUGCGAAAUCAGUUGGUUCACAUCACGAAUUUGGCCUGCAAAAGACUUGAGGAAUGCUACCUUUGCACUUUCCAAGCUGUUCCAAUACUCAGAUAUAUUGUGCAUGCCAUUGACUCUGGAAGCUUAGUAUCUGUAACGAAAAUUUUUUGGGAAAAGACUACAAUCGACGGGGAAAUUCCUAAACAUGUUGAACAAAAGGUAAGUCUUAAAUGGGGGUUAAACCGAGGCAAUUGGGUUUCAAUUGAACGACAGCUAACAAGCGCGCGUACCUUACAGAGUUUCAAUGAGGUCUUGUUGAAGCGAUUAGAAAACGCAAUAUACUCGAAUUCUUUUGGAAAGAGUUCUAUUACUGUCGUAACUCAAGAUAUGUCAUCUGAGUAUAUCAAUUCCACUGGAAAUGACGCUCUAAAUCAAUUUAUGCAAAAUAAUGCCGAUAUUCUUUGGGAUAUCUUAUUUGACAACGACGUAGGCGAAGACCGUCCAUCUCAAAGUUUUGGGCAAGGUCCUUGA